AUGUCGGUGCCGACUACGCCGCAGCACUCGCGUCAGUCCACCAGGGACUUCUCGCCGCAGCUGGAACGGCGCCAGUCCAAGUCCAGCUACAACGAGCCCUCCACGCCCACACACCACCUGCACCCGUCCUUUAGCCAUGGCGACGGCCUCGACGUGUUUAGCAGCGGGGGCAUGGGCGGCAUGAGCGGCAGCAUGGGCGGCCUCGGCAACCUGGCAGACGAGCUGGGCGAUGCCUUUUCGGACGGCGAGGACGAGGAGGGCGAGUACUACGACGACGAGCUGGACGAAAGCCAAGUACGGGCCCUCGAUGGUAUACCGCCCGAAAUCAGUCUGUCACCGACCGAGCAGCGUGCCGCAGAGGCAGCAAAACAAGGAGAUGCCAACGCAGCACCGACAGCAGGGGCGGCGGCCGCGGCAGCAGCUAACGACCAAGCACAGCGGGACAGUGGUGUCGACGUGGCUUCUGCGUCGAGUCCACGCACCAGCGGUCCCGAUGGACCACGAGCACGCAAUGCGAGUCUCAGCUUGCCCUCGACACAUGGAGGUAGUGCCCAGGGCGGUAGCAGCCGGCGCGGCCACAAGCGCGUAGGCAGUGUGUACGAUGGGUCCGAGUACGGGUCUGACUCGGACCUGGAGUCUCCAGGGAUGCCGACUAGCCUCGUGGCAAAGAUGGAUGCCGUCGAGUCUCUGGCGCGGCGAGGGACCGAAGACAACGGCGGACCGACCGACGGCGUAUGCAAGCGGUUGGUCGACGAGCUCCGCGAUCUUGGGUCACAGUCUGGUGUGGAGGGCGGCGCGUCGAGGUUAAUUACAGCACACUCGGCGCUGACGACACAUCUGACGCACCAGACCCGGCAGCUGCAUGCUCUUGCAUUCCCGUUGUUCUCGCCACUCGCCGGGCCUAUGCCGGCGCCACUGGUGGGCAUUGCAGUCACUCGGAAUGGAGGCGACAGCGACGAUGAGGAAGAAGCCGAGGACGAUUUGUUGCCGAUGCUGGCAUCUCUCGUCGACCAGAUGCCGCGUCCCAGCACCGCCGCAUGCCAGUCCCUCGGUACCCUGCACGGCCUGACCAACGACCUUGUCUCGACACUCAACUACUUGUCUGACACGCUGCACAUGGCACGCCAGACGACCAACACGGCCACACGCCGCCUACGUAGUGCAAAGGAGCUCGUGGCUGAGCUGCGGCGCGAUGAGGAGCUGCGCGAGGAAGGAGAGCGGUGGCUGGCACGUGGCAACUGGAACGAACGGUUGAAGCAGAGAGAGUGCGCGCACGUGUGCGGCGACGUUGUCGGCGGCUUUGAGGAGGUCUGCAACGGCUGGCGGGCGCGGCUUUUGGCUCAGGCCGAGGCAGCACAGGCGUCUGCAUGA